GCUCGUCACAUAAUGGCCUUCAAGGUGAACAACCACUGGGGCGUCGUGGCGAUUGCUAGCGUCGUCUUCGACAUCGAUGUGGGCCAGACCAUGGAGAUGGUGUACCCAGAGUCCGUGGCGCUGUCUGCAGAGGCGAAGCAAAGCAUUGCGUACCUGGCGCUUCCACACAGCAACAAGCACGUGGAAGGGGACACGCAGUUUUCAUUUCGCUGCCGCCGUCAAGACGCAUCGUCGGACGCCACCAAUAGUAGCAGCGCCAGUGAAAAUCCACCAUUGUUGCCUUCGUCGUCAUUCUACUACGGGUUCGUCCUGUUUCGGCAACGCAAGGACACCAGUCGUAGCCGCGGGUACUUUCAAAAGUCGCUGGUGGUGAUCACGCACUUGCCCUUCGUGGGUUUAUACGACCGCGUGCUGCGAAUCGUGGGCCCGCUCUUCUUUCAAGUGGGCAACCCGCUGCUGCAGGCCCUGUACGAGAACAUUGGCCAAUGGCCUGCGCCAGUGGCCGACUCGACGAUGGCACUCCAAGUGGCCGGCACGUUCGUCACGUUUGUGGUGCCCAAGAUCAUCACGCACGAAGACGCAGCGCUGUUCACACGAAGAUGGAGCAUCCAAGACGAGUCGUUCGAGGUCGAAGCCGUCGAUGUCAUCGAGGAAGCGACCGCCGCCGACGACGACGAUGACGGCAGCAGGACCAUCGUCCGAAACGGCAAGUUCUGCAUGGUCCACGGCAGCAACCCCACCUCUAGCCAAGACGUUGUGCCGUUGACGUUUGCCGACUUGCUCAACGCGAACGAGCUAGGCAUGUCCUUUGAGAGCGUGGGUCUGUUUUCGACGUUUGAAGGCGUCGAAGUGUGUCUGUGGGACCUGUGGCAGUUGGCAAUCACCGGCGAAAGCGUCCUUAUUGCGUCGCCCAACGCCCGAGUGUGCAGUCAAGCUGUGUUGGCAUUUACGAGCCUCAUCGCCCCCGUGCCCUUCCACGGCGACUUUCGGCCGUACUUUACCCUCUACGAGCCAGACUUCAAUGCGCUGAGUAAAGUGCACGAUGCCAAUCUGUCGCAGCUGCCCACGACAGUCCUUGGCACUACCAAUCCAUUCUUUCUCAAAUCUCUCAAGCGAUGGCCGAACGCUCUGCUGUUUCCAUUUGCAGACUCCCCGCCUCGAUCUUCCACCGAGCACGAAACCGACUCGAGUUCUCCGAACGCAGCAUCACUUUUCAAACCCAUCAAGCGAACUGUCGACUUGGACUCGUUCUCGGACACUGACAUGCCCAAGCUGUUGACUAGAACCACACGGUUGGUCGUGCCAGACAAUGCGAUUCUGCGGCAAUUAGUCGAAGCAGCCUCGGACCAGGGUGACACGUCUCCAGGCGAAGAAUUUCCGCACGUGUCAAUCAACAAUGCCCUGCUUCGAAAGCACUUUAAGCACGUGACCGAAUUGUUUCUAAAACCAUUCGAAGAGUACUUUGGCAUGUGGUCCAACCAUUUGAACGUGGCCACGACACCGUACAUGGACAUUGCGUCGUUCAUGAAGCCGUUUCACGCCAAGGAAUUUCUCACCGCACUCGGCAAGAGAUCAUUGAAAUUGCCGUUUGCGCUCCGCACGACCAAACCAAAGGUCAAGGUGCUGUACGCUCGGUUCAUAGCGUCGCCGCAUUUCCAGCCGUGGUUCAACUACCGUCGCAAUGAAUGCAUCUGCGCGUUUGAGGCUGUUCUGUACACUCUGCGGGAAACCAUCACGGCCAAAGAGCUCAUGCGGGGGCCAUGCGGCGCCCCAAUGACACGGCCGGCACUUGUCACGCUGCUCGCCCAGGUACUUACUGUACUGUACGCUCGCAAUACUGUACACCCACGGCAUCUUGACUACUUGUUUCGUACUACUACUACAACUACUACUAUUCACAAGAAAAUUAUCGUGGAAACGGCAAAGUCCCCCGUGGACGAGACGCAUGUGGACACAUUGCACCGUCAUGUGCACGACGUGCAGCACGCCAUCGAUUUAUUAAGUACUACGACUACUACUACUAUGUAGUAGUAGUAAUACUAGUCACUAUUAAUACUAGAGAACCCACUGACUAGUAUUUGACUACAG